ACCUCACGUAGUAUCUUUUCCUCGCGUCCCUCCCUCCCCAACUUUUCGUGGGGGGGACUUACAAAAAGUAGCGCUAAGUACACAAACAAUAUUUUUAUACUGAAAAAGUGAAAUUAAAGAAAAGAGUAGCCCAAACACCGCCCCGGCCUGGGCAGCGGAGCUAGGUCCCAGCGAAGGGGAAGAGCACAGCGUGGCUUGGCACAGUCGGUGAAAAUAUUGGAUUUAAUCGUUGUUUUCGUUCCAGGCAAACAUGUUAUCACGACAGGCAGAAAGCAGACACCUGCGAGACCGCGAGAAAACAUCUCGAGGACCGGUCUGCUGCUGCGGGGUAACGGGUAGAAAAAGAGGACAAACAAAAACAGCUUUCGGCCGGCGUGGGGAACGGUACGUGACCGGAUCGCGGACUAACGUACCGGGUGCAGGGGUCAUGGACGGGUCCAACCACAACACCGCAACCCGCUCUGAACAUGGACUUAUGGCGUCAAUAUGCUGCAGUCCAAGGGCUUGGCGGAUGGUCAGACAGCAUUGGAGACCCCCUCAUCUGACGCCUGAAUUGACAGACGGAGGCAGGUGGCCAGACCACCAGUCGUGUUGGAGUUUGUACCCUGUCAUCUGGCCUCUUCUCCCUGUUGAUGCCGAGGUUUGCUGCUGAUGCUGAGCUGCUCUGGGUGGUACCACUGUUCACACAUACACACACACACACCCGCAGAGAGGCCGUAAUUACACUCCUGCCAGAGCUAAAGGAAGUGAGGCGGCUGCGGGUGGGAACUGUGGAGAACCUCUCAGUGGGAAACCGGGAACAGCACAUUCAAGGGAGCUCAAAAUCAACUGAGUAAGGGCCACCACGAGGCCUAAUUACCGAGUGAGCAUAACUAAUGAUGAAUCUGGUCUCUGGCGGCGCGGUGUCCGAAAUGUGCAGCUCUCAUUCCCCAAUCAGCCCAAGUCUCACUCCCAGGUUUAUAAUUGUAGCUAUAGCAGUGCGUUACCGCUGUGCAUAGACCUCCCACAAUGAUUGCUGCUCAGAGAUGAUGCUUGGAAAAUGAAGGACAGCCUAUAGCAUGGACCACAUAGCUGAAGAUUCCGUGGCUGCAUGAGUGUUUAUGUGUAAAUUACGGAACAUAUGUAGGUGUCACAGCAUAUGUAGAGUAUCAUUAUGUUACAAUCUUAGGCAGCUCUGUAUAUUUGUGAACAAAUACAAUACAAAAAAUGAUUUGUAUAGAGUUUAUUUGCUGUUUCCACGUGAGAGGAGGUUGCCAUUUGCCACUGAUAACUGUGUGAGUGGAUUCAGGGGACACCGGGAGCGAGUAAGAGUGAUUUCUUAAAAAGUGUUUUGCAAGAGAGAAACAAUCACUCUGCCCAGUGAUCCUCUCCUUGGAGAUUUCCCGGUAGCUGGUCGCAGUGACUGAUGGUAAUAAGCCACCCCAAAUCUCUCUCUCUCUCUCUCUCACACACUCACACACACACACACACACACACACACACACACACACACACACACUCUAUGCAUGUCCACAGAAUCGCCACAGCAGUUUACCUUUGAAUUAUUCGUUUGACAGGUUGAAUUCCUCCGCGUUUCACCAGGUUCUUCAAUCAGGAAAACAAGGAAUCGGAAAUGGAGCUCCCCUGGGGGGGCACAGCCUCCCAUACAGUCUCCCAGUGAUGAAUAUACCGGAGGUGUGGGGCCAGAAAAAACAAACUUCUCUUUUUAUUGGCAAGAUAAACGAGGAAGGAGGCUGUGACUGAAGCUGCAGGAGUUUGAGGAGCUGUCCAGAUACUGAAAGAGCAUCAAGCAGCCUUUCAAUUAGUAAUAAGAGCUGGUGGCUCUGGAGGGACAGAUGUAAUUUUAACACUAGACGAAAAUAAACUAUUCAUCCGUUGCGUGUGAGUUAAAGGUUCAGCUUGAACAUUUUAUUUUGUUGUUAAUUUGAAGCGGUGGUUUUCUUAAACCAAAUCAGCAAGAAAAGAAAAUUGCACUCUUAAUAGCUGGGUUCAGUUAAAUCAAAAAUAUUUCACCUAUAUUCAUCUGUUCUAAGAAAAAAAGCAGAAGGACAAAAUGCGAAUCAAGGCUUUAUUCACGCCCCUCGGUGCUUAUUCAUUUUCCUGUUAGAGGCUGUUAAAACCAAUUUGGACCAAAAUAACGAUCCCUCCAGCCACAGAUCAAUAGCUUGAAUCUGCAACGAGUGUCAGUCGCAGCCCAGCGUGUAGGAGAAUGCAGACAGGAGGGGUGGAGUUCACAGAUUUUACUUUUCAAAGGCUCCUCUGGCAGGAGAGCUCAUUCUUUGCCUGGAAAACAGCGGAGUUGGCACCGAUGCCUCCUGGCAUGUGAUCCCACCUCAGCCACAUCGGUCGCCUCGCCACUGCAGCCUCCUACCAAACUUCCCAUGCUGUUGCCCGUCCAAUGGCCAGCGCUUAGGAGGUUUGCCUGGACCGUAUCCGCUCCUGCCCGCACGCCCGCUGCGCUCCGGCUCUCCACCGUCGGCUCUCCAGGUCUGGCCUGGGUCUCCCGCACACAUGGAGGGAGACGUGAUGGACAGAGUGGAGGCCACGGCGACGGUCCGUGACUUCGACCCCAUCAGCGGGAGCAUCCCGGCCACCAAAGUGGAGAUCACCGUGUCAUGCAGGAACCUCUUGGACCGAGACACUUUCACCAAAUCUGACCCAUUGGUUGUGUUGUACACCCAGGGCGUGGAGACCAAACAGUGGAGAGAGUUUGGCAGAACAGAGGUGAUAGACAACACGCUAAACCCAGACUUUGUCAGGAAGUACAUCCUGGACUACUUCUUUGAGGAGAAGCAGAACCUGCGCUUUGACGUGUAUGAUAUUGACUCUAAAAGUCCAGAUCUGGCAAAGCAUGACUUCCUGGGGCAGGUCUACUGUACACUGGGAGAGAUUGUGGGCUCACCAGCCAGUCGCCUUGAGAAACCGUUGGGUGGCAUACCUGGGAAGAAAUGUGGAACAAUUAUCUUGUCUGCUGAGGAGCUGGGAAACUGCAGAGAUUACGCCACCAUGCAAUUCUGUGCCAACAAACUGGAUAAAAAGGACUUCUUUGGAAAGUCAGACCCCUUCAUGGUCUUCUACAGAAGCAACGAGGAUGGCACGUUCACCAUCUGCCACAAGACUGAGGUGGUGAAGAACACACUGAACCCCGUGUGGCAGCCCUUCUCCAUCCCUGUCAGAGCGCUCUGCAAUGGUGACUAUGACAGGACGAUCAAAGUGGAAGUGUAUGACUGGGACAGAGACGGGAGCCAUGAUUUCAUCGGUGAAUUCACCACCAGCUACAAAGAGCUGUGUCGGGGUCAGAGCCAGUUAAACGUCUACGAGGUGGUGAAUGCCAAGAAGAAAAUAAAGAAAAAGAGAUACAUCAACUCCGGGACGGUGUCCUUGUUGUCAUUCAGUGUGGAGUCAGAGCACACCUUCCUGGAUUACAUCAAAGGAGGGACUCAGAUUCACUUCACAGUGGCCAUUGAUUUCACUGCAUCAAAUGGAAAUCCUUCUCAGUCCACUUCACUGCACUACAUGAACCCAUACCAGAUGAAUGCCUAUGCCAUGGCCCUGAAGGCCGUAGGAGAGAUCAUCCAGGACUAUGACAGUGAUAAGAUGUUCCCUGCCCUGGGAUUCGGUGCUAAGCUGCCCCCUGAUGGGAGGGUCUCCCAUGAGUUCCCUCUGAACGGCAACAUGGAGAACCCGUACUGUAAUGGCAUGGAGGGGAUUCUCGAAGCUUACCACCAAAGCCUUAAGACGGUUCAGCUGUAUGGACCCACCAACUUCGCCCCUGUUGUUAAUCAUGUGGCAAGAUAUGCAGCAGCAGUUCAGGAUGGAUCUCAGUACUUUGUCCUGCUCAUCAUCACUGAUGGCGUCAUAUCAGACAUGGCUCAGACCAAGGAGGCCAUAGUGAAUGCAGCUAAACUCCCCAUGUCUAUCAUCAUUGUUGGAGUUGGUCAAGCUGAGUUUGAUGCCAUGGUUGAGCUGGACGGUGACGACAUCAGGAUCUCCUCAAGGGGGAAGUUGGCAGAGAGAGACAUUGUACAGUUUGUCCCGUUCAGAGACUACAUGGACCGCACAGGUAACCAUGUGCUUAGCAUGGCGAGGCUGGCUAAAGAUGUACUGGCUGAGAUCCCUGACCAGCUGAUCUCCUACAUGAAGAGCAGGGGGAUUAAACCCAACCCCGUCCCACCAGCCUACUCACCCGACGACCUCCUGGCGACCAACCCCGUCUGAGUGCGCCACCCCCCCCACACACACACACACACACACAAACACACACACAGACAGGCACACACGCACACACGCACAUACACAUACACACACAGUUGGGGUGGUGCGGGGCUGGCAUUGAUUUGAAGCCGCAUUCACCAACCGUCCUUUGAGGGGAAAAUGGAAAUGCUUUCGAGGCCCUUUCGUAAAUAUUAAUACGGCUAAACAAAAAGAUAAUGAGACUCUCUUUCGGUUCAGAGCAUUAACACUGUUUUUUUGGGGAAACCUGCAGAUGAUUAGGGAGUUUUUUUCUCUCUGGAUGCUUGAGGAUGAGAGGACUGAGAGGAGUAGAGGGAGGUUUUAGUUGUUCGCUGUCAAACCUGUCAAAGUGGUGAUGUAAUGGAUAGCAAGUAAACCUGUAGAGAGGGCCUGUUUGAAGGCAUACAUAUAUUAAAAUGUGCCAGUGUGUAUCAUGUUUGUGAUACCUUUUGGAGUUGAUGUGUGUUAAACUAGGAGAUCAUGUGUAUGCUAAUUUAUUUAUUUAUUGCAGAAAUAAUUUAUUCCUUUGAGGGGGUUUUAAAGGAUGGGGAUUAAAGUCAUAUUUCCCCUGUAGUUUUCCAUCUUAUAUUUUGUGACAAGUAUAAUGAAAAAAAACCCAUUUCUACUUUGAUAAGGACUGUAAUAUAAAAGCAUGUGAUAAAACCUAUUCAGCAGUUUAUAAAUCAUUUUCACUGAUGGAUAAUUUUUGAUUGCAAGCUGUAAUGUAGAGGACCUGCUGUGAGCUGCUGCCAUACUAAUUUUCCAGUGCCAUGUCUUAUACGUAUUUCUAAUGUUUAUAUUGACAGAAUGCACUUAUUACUGUCCAAAUAAAAAGCACAAAGGUUAUAACGUUAACAAGCUGAAAACCACUAUUUUGAAAGAACCAACAGCUGCCACAAUGAAACUAAUGGAAAGGACACCACAUUAUGUUGUCAAUAUGGCUUUAACAUCGUCUUCCACCAUCAUUUUACACAGGAUGACAACAGCAAGUAUGUUUAUAAGAAAACUAUUACACUGAUGUAUCAAAAUUAACUGUGAAUGUAUUUAUCAUUAAAACAAACUAUGUUACAGAAAAAUAGAUGAAUAAUUCAAAGAACAUACUUGCUUUCCGUGUUAUUCUGCAGACAGGUGAAUUAUACCGCUGAAGUCAUGCUGCCAAAUUUUAUUUGUUAUCUUGUUUGUUGCGUUUCUUUCCAUUAUAUUUGUUGUGGUUACAGUUGUCUGGGCUUUUGCUCGGUACUUUUAAAGGAUCCUAAGAAUAAACUUAUGAAUGACUGAUGUCAACUAAUACCCACUUUUUUUUCCUCCUGAAAUUGAUUUUUUUCCCCAGAAUGAAAAAUGAACAAUCACAAAUCCUGCAACAAAGUAUGAGAUAUUUGGGCGUUGAAUGUUUUUUUAAAAAGUGAUCUAAAGAAAACAAGGAGUGAUUGCACAAAACAAGAACAGUCACAAGUCCCAUCUUUUCUGAUUCAGUAAGUGUCGUACGGGUGCAUUGUGUCUACUGUGUUUUACUUUUUCAAAUUGGUUUUGAGUGUUCCGAGAUAACAUUGUUUUACACUAAUGCAUGUCAGCCCAUUUUAUAACAAACCACUGGGAUGCCAUUUUAAUAACUAAGACACAAUUUCACAGUUUUAUUUUACGAUUUAAUUCAAUUCAAUAUAUUCACAUUUGUUCACUGAAUUUCUUUUUAGUGACUGUAUAUACAUUUUUUUCAAGACAGUUACAACCGUUGUGGCCAAGCUGUGUACAUCCUAACUUAUCUAUUUAUAAUAGCCAUUAUUUUCACUAGUAUCUCUCAGUCACUCAAUAUCUCGAUCCAAAUGUGCCUAUUAUAUGGAAACAUAUCCAAAUUCAGUUACCCAGGUGUUAUUCUGCCAGCAGCAGCAGGUCUCAUGUUUAAGAUGUACACACAGAAAAUAUUGGUGACGAUGAAACUGUUGCAAGAUUAGGACUAUUACAGCCUCAGUGACUGAUUCGCACUGUCUCAACCGAUGUUGUGUACUUUUUAUACUUACAGCUCUUCACUGAUGAUAUUUGAAGUAAUGAAAGUUAACCGUGUCGCUGAGCCUUGUUGUACAAUAUUCAAAGUCAGGACUUGUUUACAAUUCACCUGUGGCUAUUUACCUUGCCUCAAGGAAAAAGUAAACAUUCAUGGGCUUGAGUUUAUUUUUGAUCUGUUGUGUUAUUCGGCCUUACUUUCUAAUUACAGAGUUUCCCUGAAUGACACUGGAGAACUAACGUUUACAAAGAUUUGUUGUGGUGUUCUCUGAGAAUGUGAAGCUCUUAUUUCUCACUGUUGUUACACUUUGUUUUGUGUUUACGUAAUUUAUGUUGCUUUACGAUCUUCGUAAGCCAUUCAAUGUUCUUCUACUCCCACUGCUUUAGUGCUCUGAGAGAACAGAAAGUCUGACGAUGUAGCAAAAACUCAGUCCAGAGGCAGUGAACUGCUUCUAUCACAGGCCCAGCUUCAUGUUUCCUUUUUUUUUUUAUGUUCAAAUUUUUCAUUAGAGAUGACAUUUAUCCUUCAGAUGACAAAGCGGCAUUUAAUCCGCUGCCAAAUUCUCUUGUUCAUCAGAACUGAAAUGAGGCCAUUAAGUUUAGUGACAUAACACUCAUAAAUACCAGUAUACCUCUACAGAAAGCCAUUUAAGCCAAAAAGAAAUAAUUAAUAUACACUGAAUACAUUUGUUAAUCAGUAUAUUUAAAUAAGUAUUAUGAAUUACCAACUUAAAUAUUAAAUUAAAGAUAUGUGAUAUAUUUACUUUGCAGGUAAUCUCUUUAAAUUCUACUUUUCAAAGUGAUUUGUAUUAUUUUCACAUUUAUCAUUUCAAACAAUUACAAGGCACUCAUUACUCAGAAAGUUAACUUGGGAAAGUUUGUCCUUCGGCAGUCAUGGGUCAGCUUCAGCAUGCAGCUCAUAAACUGAGUGUGAUCUAGGUCUAUGAGAAAAAGAGGAAAUGAAAACGUGAAGUGGAGUAGGGUCGUAUGUUGUGUGCACAUUUCAAACAUAUUUCAUGCAAUUAAUACUAAUCAGAAAUAAGUUAA